AUGAGCAACAAAGGCUUGAGUAUAAAAAUGAUCGAAUCAAAGAUUUCAGAGUGCCCAAAGGAAUUAGAUGGACUUUAUGAAGACCUUCUUAAGAAUAUUGAGAACAUUCAUCUGAGUGGGUCAAAAAGUUCACUGAACGAGUACGAAGAUGAAAGCAAUCCUUACUGCAUCCUCAAUGAUCGAAAAAUGAAAACAAGAAUGAUAUACUUGAGCAGAGGUCUUGUAGAUAUUGCGAAUUCGGAUUUAGCAAAGGACAAACCUGUUGUUGGAUUUCAUCAUGACAUAAUCAAAGGCUUCAUACUUACGAAAGGUCUUAAAUACCUCUACAAUAAACUGGCAGAAUUACAAGGUCUUAAUUAUCUAAUUCAAGACCUUACUAUGAAGGCCCAUUUGCAACUGGCAAAUACAUGUCUAAACUAUUUAUCAACAAGAGAAAUUGAAAAGGAAAAAGGAUUUCGGAAAACAGAUGAGUGCAGGGUCGAGAUUACAAAGGAACAAAGUAUAGUUAUGAAUAGAAUGGACAAAGAGGGAAAUGUACCUCUCCAUUGGGCUGCAUUGAAAGGACACCUUAAAAUAGUAGAAAUUUUGAAGAGACAAGGAGCGGAAAUCCAUACGAUAAAUGAAAAACAUUGCACAGCAUUUUUACUAGCGACGGUGAACGGUCAUAUCGAAGUGGUCAAGUUCUUAUAUGAGCAUGGAGCAGAUGCAGAUAUCCAUACAGCAAGCAACAACGGCUGGACUCCAUUAUAUGCAGCAUCAUAUAAUGGUCAUAUCGAAGUGAUCAAGUUCUUGUAUAUGCAUGGAGCAGAUAUUCAUACACCAGAUAAUAAUGGUUGGACUCCAUUAAAUGCAGCAUCAUAUAAUGGUCAUAUCGAAGCUGUAAAGUUCCUUUCUGCAAUUUCUGAAGUGCCUUCAAACUGA